UAAACACCGCGCACAGUGCCCCACAGUAUCUUGUAUCCAUUUUGAAAAAUUAGGAUAUUUAUUUCCGCACCAUCAUGCUUCUGUUGACGAUCGUCUCGUUGUGCGUCUCCCUGGGAACGGCCGCCCGCAACGGCCAGCCGGACCGCGGCGAUGGCGGACAGAUGCCGGAACCGCACAUCUCCCCGAUGAACCAGGAUCUGGAGCGCAAUGUCGUGUCGGCGGCCGGUGGCGAUCUGAACACCGGGAGUUUCGUCGAGUACUGGUACGUGGAUAAACGGAAUCAGCUUUUCCGCAAGGAUUUCGAUAAGGCCCGCGCCGAGAAGAUGCUUAGUAAUGUGCGUUUUGUCGACAACGCCUUCGACUCGUCGGUGUGGUAUAUUGGGACCGAUGGGCAGCCGUACCGGCUGACGCCCGACAAGGAAACCGGCGAACUGGUUCCCGGCGUUCCAAGGGGAACGACCUUCACCCGCCUGUCCCCGCGCAGUGUGGACGAGGCCCUGUUGGUGGCCAGCAACGGCCAGCUGUACCACUACGCCAUGAAGGAGUUCGUGCCGGUGGACGGCGCCACCAACGCCAAGGACGCCGCGAUGGGCAACGACGGCCUCCUGAUGUACGCCACCCGCAACGGACAGCUGUUCCGCUGGAGCUGGGCCAGCAGCAGCUGGGAGGGGUACGAGCGCAAAGGUCACGGGGUGGCCGCCAACGACUUCGAGCAUAUCGUGAUAGUGGACGCGCAGGGCAAGACGAAGAAGCGGGUAGACGGCCGCUGGAGGAACGUCAAGGACCGCUGCGACGAUGUGGCUGUCUACUCGCCCACCGAGUUCCUCUGCGUCACGCCGGAAGGGGCGUUGCGAAACUGCAGUAUUAGAAGGCAGACGGUUGACACUGAUCGGCACGUGCUAAAUAAUCGAUGCGCAGGGUUAUUUUGCCGGCAUCAUAUAUUAUAUAACUGUCGUUGCUGGCACUUGUUAGUUGUUGAUGGUUGUCGUGUACUUAUUAAGAAUUAACAUUUACUAUAUGACACAAUACUUUAACUUGAGCACUCUAGUACUUAACAGCUACAGCCUAACAAAACUAGUUUUUAUGUACGAGUACGAGUACGAGUACUAUUUACAUAAUUAUUAUUAGCAUCGAAAUACAGCGCGGGAAUGCCCUGUCGGUUACAUCAACUGUUCCACGUUCUGAUGGUUUAAGUGCUGUUUACUUUGUUUUGUGAUCUGUUUUUAUGUAUGAUGUUAAACUGCUAGGUAAUGACUAAACCAAUAAAUAUUGAUUAUU